UGAUGUGAAUAACUUUGGAUAUAGUUUAGGAUACUGAUUUUAACUUAAAAAAAACUAUUAAAUUAUCUUUUAUUGCUCGAAUAUUAAAGAUAUAAGUUGUAUUACAAGUUCUUAUAUUUAAUUUUAGUUUUUCUAAUAUCUUCAUCACAGUAAAUUCGGAAUAUAAUAUAAUGAUAAACUCAUAAUUUCCGUAGGAACAAUGGCUUGUAAUGAAGAUGAUGAGGUUAUUCGACAGGCCUUUAUGGUGAAAAGGUCUCAAAAUAAGAAGAUAUUUACACCAGUCAACUACAAGGAACGCUGUUUUGUACUCACAAGAAAAGCACUAAUAUACUAUGAUUCUGAUGGCCAAAAACGUAAAGAGCGCGGACGUAUACCAACGGAUGCUAUUCAUACUGUUGAACAAGCGCAGCUAGGAGAGCUGAGUAAGCAAAUACUGGACGGCGACAACGAAAAGAGUCCUGCCUACAGGUAUCCCUUCCAGGUUGGUUACACGGAACAGAACACAGACUAUACCUUAUAUCUUGCAGCUCGAGAGCAUAGUGAAAGGUUGAGCUGGAUUCACGAAAUUAGAACUAUUUGUAUAUCAAACACUCGUCGCGCGCGUUACCAUCCUGAGGUUUGGUCGGCGCGACGCUGGGCUUGCUGUGACGCGGAGCGUCGGUCCGCACCAGGCUGCGCCCUAACUGCUAUCUGGCCGCUACCGGAACCCGAGCUAGAGCUAAUUAUCCAAGAUCACAAACCGAACAACGAAAACGGCUUACUUAUGGCCCGAUUGGGUGAAAUCAUUGGCCAGAAACUAGCUGUCUCUCGUAAGCAAGAAUUCAAUGUUUCCGCGGUCACGGCGGCGGUCACCAUGCCCGGAGGAGGCGGAAUUCCUCCAGGGACUCCAUCGGCAAAGCCUAAGGAAAAACAAAGAACUAAAGUCGUGGUGGCUUUAUACCCCUUCAAAGCCAUCGAAAGCGGCGACCUUUCACUAGAGAAGGGCGCAGAAUAUGAAGUAAUAGAUGAUUCACAGGAACAUUGGUGGAAAGUCAAAGAUGAAAAUGGAUCUGUUGGAUACAUUCCAAGUAAUUAUGUCAAGGAAAAGGAAACUAUAGGAUUACAAAAAUAUGAAUGGUACGUGGGUGAGAUGUCUCGACAGCGAGCUGAAUCAUUACUCAAACAAGAGGACAAAGAGGGUUGCUUCGUCGUACGAAACUCCUCGACAAAGGGAAUGUACACGCUCUCGUUAUAUACCAAAGUAAAUCAUCCACAGACUAAACACUAUCAUAUAAAACAGAAUAUUCGAGGCGAGUUCUAUUUAUCGGACAAACAUUGCUGCGCGAGUAUUCCCGAACUAAUAAACUAUCACAAGCACAAUAGCGGCGGACUUUGCUGCAGACUCAAGGCGACGCCUUGCGACAGGCCAGCCCCUCCUACGGCCGGACUCUCUCACGACAAGUGGGAGAUCGACCCCGGCGAGCUGGUGCUGCUGGAGGAGCUGGGCGCGGGGCAGUUCGGCGUGGUGCGGCGCGGGCGCUGGCGGGGCCGCACCGACACCGCCGUCAAGAUGAUGAAGGAGGGCACCAUGUCCGAGGACGACUUCAUCGACGAGGCCAAGGUCAUGACGAAACUCCAACAUCAGAACCUCGUCCAGUUAUAUGGAGUGUGCUCUAAGCAUCGUCCUAUAUACAUCGUGACGGAAUACAUGCGGCACGGUUCCCUCUUCAACUACCUGCGACGCACCGCACCCGACCAACUGGGGCCGGCUGUCUUACUCGACAUGUGUAUACAGGUUUGCAAAGGCAUGUCAUAUUUAGAACGACAUAAUUAUAUUCAUCGAGACUUAGCUGCAAGAAAUUGCUUAGUAGGAGAUGAAAAUGUAGUCAAGGUUGCAGAUUUUGGUUUAGCGCGAUAUGUCCUAGACGAUCAGUAUACAAGUUCUGGCGGUACAAAAUUUCCUAUAAAAUGGGCUCCACCCGAAGUUCUCAACUACACGCGAUUUUCAUCUAAAUCCGACGUUUGGGCAUUUGGAGUCUUAAUGUGGGAAGUAUUUACCUGUGGAAAAGUACCUUAUGGUCGAAUGAAGAAUUCGGAAGUAGUAGAAAUGGUCCAGAGAGGACAGGUGCUCGAAAAACCUAAAGGAUGUUUAAAUGAAAUUUAUAAUGUAAUGAAAGCGUGCUGGAGACACGCGCCCGAGGAGAGGCCUUCGUUCCGGCUGCUGAAGGAGGAGCUGGCCGGCGUGGCGCAGAGCGUGCUGGCCGAUUGACUGCGCCUGCUGCUGCUGCUGCUGCGCCCGGCGCCCCCCGCGCCCGCUCCCCCCGCGCCGCCCGCCACGGCCACGCUGCCGCGCGCGCGCCGCGUGCACGCCGCCGCGCCCGUGUGAGACCGCGCGCCCGCGACGACUCGUGCCCGAGAUAAUCAAUACUAAUUCAUUAGGCAUCUGCUCGAGCCCGGUGUUUGAUAUGUGAAAUGAUUCGAAUCUGUCGCUUUAGUUUUGAUUAUCUUUUGCACGAGUCGUUCGAUAUUGGUCCCUAUGAGACUCGAUUUACAUGAUCGAUUCGAUUUUGAUUUUAAAAUUCUUACUUAAUUUUUUAUUUUCUGACUAGAUGUAUAUUUUUUUUUUCAAUUCAUUUCAUGCUUAUCAUUUAUUCGUAAAAUAAAAGUUGGUUAUACAUUCAUCUGGUUAAGUCUUAGCUAUUUUUACAACAAAUAUUAAAUGGCGUACAGAGCAUAUGAGUAAUUAUUGUGACACUCAAGUCAAUUAUCUCUAAUACUGUCAAUGAAGACUCAGAUGGGAUUGCCAUUAGAUAAUUAGACAUGUUUGGAUGUUAUGAAUAUGAUCAAGAAAAUGAUACCAGAUUUUAAUUAUUGUGUAAUUGAACAUGCAAAUCGAGUCCUGUCCUUUGUUUUAAGUUUACGACCUCUACCAUCGUACCUUCGAUCGAAUCAAGCUUAAAAAUUACCUUUUCAAUUUUCAUGCUUUCGAUUGUUUACGAUCGUUUUUAAUUAUGUUAUAUGGCUACUCGUGUCCUAUUUACACAGUAUGGAAUUGAUCGCGUUUAUAAUUACAUCUUGAACAGCCUGGUAAUUGUUUUUCCAUUUUAAACAUUUAUUUUGCAUUAAUUUCUUUUGACAGUUUUUUUAAUGUUAAUAGAUAUGCCAUAUUAAUCCUUGAUUAUAAAAGAGCAUCACUACUCCAGCGAAACCUCUUUAUUAUUUGAGGUAAUUAAAAGAAUUGUUGCAACAGCAGCUUCAUGAUAUUUAUAUGAAAGUAUUCAGAAGGAUCAUUUUUAGAUUAUUAUUAUAUUGAAUCGAUACAAAACGUCACAAUAGCACAAUAUAUAUAUUUCUUUAGUGAUUUUGAGCAAAAUUUACAAGUGAGUAAAAGUUUUACAAAUGCACUAAUGUGUCAAUUUAAUAUAAAUAUUACAUUAGCUUCUUACAUGUAAUUCAAUUGAUAGAUUUACAAAAGUGCUCGUUGAUUUAUGAAUUGUAUAACGAAAUAAUUUCUCUAUAUGUUUAAUAAUUUUAAUAGUUCAUAAAUGUAACAUAUCAUUUUUUUAUGAUAGUAUUAAAUGAUAUUGUUUUAUUCAGAAAAGUCAU